AUGGGUCAAUUACUAUCUCACCCUUUGACUGAAAAGACCAUAGAGUAUAAUGACUACAAGACGAAAUCUUCGGCCGCUGGUUCGGUGCCUAGAUUUUAUAACUGUGUGGGAUCCAUGCAAGGCUAUCGAUUGAGUCAGGAAGAUGCACAUAAAGUACAAAAUGAGGACACUAUCCUCAGAGUAAGAUUUUUCAAUCCAUUCACUGGUAAACAUGAAAAGAUGAUGAUUUCAAUGUUUGCAGUGUUUGAUGGCCACGGAGGUGACAGUUGCUCGAAGUUUCUCAGUGGGACUUCUAACCCACACUUGAGAGCUGGUUUAGCUAAGUGGGUUGUAUACUCUUUUGAAAACCAUAGAUAUGGGGCUAAGAAAAAUAUAUCUUCCGUUGACAAUGGAGGUGCUAAUAACUACACCAAUACACCAAAUAAUUCAAUAAAUGGUAGCAAUGCCGAUAACUCAACGUCUUACACAAGGCAUUUUAGGACUAUGGAAGGUCUAAUAUCACAGAUAAUUAAAGAUGCCUAUAUAAAACAGGAUCAAGAACUUCAUCAACAUUUUGCCAAUAGCGCAUGUGGGUCAACCGCGGUGGUGGCAUUGAUUAUAAAUGGUACAAUGUUAUAUGUUGCCAAUUGCGGCGAUUCAAGGUGUAUCUUAUCUUCAAAGGCGAGGGGUAUUAAAACAAUGUCUUACGAUCACAAACCACAAAAUAUUGGUGAAUUAAUUAGAAUUAAUGAUAAUGGCGGUACUGUGUCUUUGGGAAGAGUGGGAGGAGUAUUGGCUUUAAGUAGAGCCUUUAGUGAUUUCCAGUUUAAAAGAGGUGUCGUAUACAAAAAUACUAACCCGAUGAGAAUUUCCGCUAAUGGAAAUCACAACUCCCCAACACCACCUCAAGAAGCUCAGGUUUCAGUUGAACCAGACGUCUUGAUGCAUAAGUUAGACUUCAAUAAAGAUGAAUUCCUUGUGCUGGCAUGUGAUGGGAUAUGGGAUAUAUAUAAUAAUACGAGGUUAAUACAGUUCAUCAAAUAUCAUUUAAUGCAGGGUAUGAAGCUAGAUGGUAUUAUGACGAAAUUAUUAGAUCAUGGAAUUGCACAAGCAAAUAGCAGCACAGGUGUCGGAUUCGAUAAUAUGACUGCUAUUGUAGUUGUGUUAAAUAGACCAGAUGAGUCACUACAUGACUGGAUGAAUAAAAUGAAACUCAGACUAGAACGAGAGAAAGGCAUAAUUUAA